AUGUAGACAUGGGUGCCUCCUCUUCCUUGUUCCAAAGCUAUUACAUUUUCUUUGCUUUUUUUGCACCCAUUUUGUUUUUGUUACUGAUCAAACAAAGGAAGAAGCUUGUUCAAUCAAAGAAGCUCCCUCCUGGUCCUCGUAAGUUGCCUCUAAUUGGCAACCUCCACCAACUUCGUGGCUUACCACAUCGAUCACUCCAACACCUUUCUGAUGAACAUGGACCCCUCAUGUUCUUGCAACUAGGCUCAAUCCCCACUUUAGUAAUCUCCUCAGCUGAUAUAGCAAGAGAGAUUUUCAAAACCCAUGAUCUUGUUUUCUCAGGCAGGCCUGUACUAUAUGCUACAAAGAAGAUUAGUUACAAUCUCUCUACCGUGUCAUUUGCUCCCUAUGGUGAGUACUGGAGGGAGGUCAGAAAAAUUGUAAUCUUGGAGCUCUUUAGUGCAAAGAGUGUCCAAAGUUUCCAGGCCGUGAGGGAUGAAGAGGUUGCACUUACGCUUGAUUCCAUUUCUUCUUCGUCAGGUCCGGUUAAUUUAAGUGAAUUGACACUCUCACUAGCAAAUAAUAUUGUGUGUCGUGUGGCUUUCGGUAAGAAGUAUGAUUGCGGAGAAGAUAAAAGCAAGAAGAGUAGAUUGCAUGAGACUCUUCGUGAAACACAAGAAUUAUUGGGAGGGUUUUACAUAGCAGACUUCUUUCCAUGGAUGGGGUGGCUCAACAAGGUUAAUGGUUUUGAAACUAGGCUGGAAAAGAAUUUUAGAGAAUUGGAUGAGUCAUUUGAGGAAGUCAUUGCGGAGCACCUUGAUCCCAGAAGGCCUGAACCUGAACGUGAAGAUCUUGUUGAUGUACUGCUUCGAGUUCAGAAGGAUUCAAACCAAGCUAUUGCCCUUGGUAGUGACCAUAUCAAAGGUGUUCUCUCGGACAUGUUCCUUGCAGGCACUGAGACAUCUUCAGCCACCCUAGUUUGGAUAAUGGCUGAGCUGAUAAGGAAUCCAUCUAUAAUGCAAAGAGCACAAGCUGAGGUGAGAGGAGCUAUAAAGGGAAAAGCAAAGGUGGAAGAAAACCACCUUCCCAAACUCGUGUACCUAAAAUCCAUUGUAAAGGAGGGAUUGAGACUCUAUCCAUCAGUCCCAUUAAUUCCAAGAGAAACAAUAGAUAGUUGCAUGAUUGAAGGGUACCAUAUUCCAGCGAAGACAAGAGUGUUUGUCAAUGCAAAAUCAAUAGGAACAGAUCCUAAGUAUUGGAAGAAUCCAAAUGAGUUCCAACCUGAGCGAUUCUUGGAUUGCCUAGUUAAUUUUAGAGGGCAACACUUCGAGUUUUUAACAUUUGGAUAUGGUCGUAGAGGUUGUCCUGGAAUGAACUUUGGAGUCCUUUUAAUAGAGCUUGCACUAGCAAAUCUCUUGCAUCGUUUUGAUUGGGAACUGCCUGAUGGGAUAAGAAGACAAGAUUUAGAUAUGGAAGAAGCAAUCGGUCUUACAGUACACAAAAAGGUUCCACUUUGCCUUGUAGCUAAUCCUGUGGCUUUGUAGUAAACAAAAUGCAAUCUUCAUGUCAAAAAAUUAGGGCACAAAAUAAAGAGGCACCAAUAAUAUUGUGUAAUAAGCAAGUACUGUGUGACUAAAAAAACAGUCUUUGAAUUGGUUCCUAGGUAACUUGGUCAAACCGAACGGUUAGGUUUGUGACUAAAAAACUAGUCUUUGAAUUGGUUCCUAGUUAACUUGGUCAAACCGAACGGUUAGGUCUGUUUUUAAAACUAUGGUCGUGCCUCAAAUAUGUUUUA